AUAGCCACAGAGGAUCAAUAGCUUAUUAAAAAAAAAUAGCUUAGCUGUGGAUCGUAGCCCAAUAACAAGGAAUAGCCUAUAGUCGGGACGUGUGGCAAAUAUGUCAGUAAAAAAAACAGCAAACAGACAAAACAGGCUUUUUGCAAUAUUUCAAAUACAGUCGGAGGGAAAACGGGUUGGAAAGCAAAUGGGUCCUGCUGAAAACAAAAGACCAACAUAUUUGAUCAACUUCCAAAUUAUGUUUUACAAAAGAGGGAGAGGGGCUUUUGGCACGAGCCAUUGGCCAUCACCAGCAAGCUGCUCAUCAUUGGGUGAGUCAGUGAAACUUGAAAGCAUUUUUAUUACUAUAAUUUCCUCCACAUAUUGUAGCCUGAAAUACUGUAUGUGUCUCCACACGCCUAGGCUAUUGAUGGAUUCAAGACAAGGCCGUCAUCGUAAAUAAGAGUUUGUUCUUAACUGACUUGCCUAGUUAAAUAAAGGUAAAAAAUAUAUAUUGAUCUUUUGUGAGGUAUAUUUAAAGAUUCUGCCAAAGUCUCCAGUCAUGUGAAAUUAUGUAGAAUUGCAUGAAAUGUGUUUUUAAAAGGACACUUUAUUUUCCUGGACCCUAGGCUACACACUUUAAAAAAAACUUUACUGCUCUAUGCCACUACGCAAAUGCGAUGAUAUGCAUGCAAUGCUUGUAUUUUUUUUAUCUGUUCAGAACUCCCCAGGUCACCCCCCUCGUGCUCACUUUUUGUUACGGCACCUCCCGAUUUACAAAUUAAGCACUGCAAAUAGCCUACUGCCUACUAACCAACACUUCGGACUAAACUUUUCAAUACUUGGUUUGCCUACAGUUUGUUUCCUUGAUUUAGCAUAUCAUGGUAGAUAUCAUACGGUGAAAUGUAUUUCCUAACCUACCGGUUACCAAUGUGAUUCUUCUGUGAGCUGCUCCAUGCCAAAACCAGUUGAACGCUGCACACUCUUGCUGCCUGCAGAUGAUAUUCUUUUGAAACUAGGCUGUGUGUGGCGUGCAUGUGAAUAUAUUUUGCGAUUGUGUAGGCUACUUUAUGCAUGAUUUCUCUAUUGUAUUACAUAAUUAAUAAGUCGUACCUCCACUACACUACCUUGAUACGCACCAGUAGGGUUUAAGAAGUGACUAUAUGUAAUACCCACUGAAAAACAAGAGGGUAUACAUAGUAUACCUGCCUACUCUCCUACAUGAGUGCGCUGGUAUUACGGUUGCUGUCCUUUCAGAAUCACAAACCUGUCUCACACUGAAGGCCUAUAGUUUCACCAUUGCGCAAACAUGUCCAUAAUAGAUAUAAAGACUGUUAGGAUAUUGUUUUAAGAAAGCAGUGUAUAUAUUUGGCCUGGCGAAGAGGUUUUGUGUGCUGACUGAAUGGAAACUGAUCAUUUAGUAUUUUUUUUUACUUUGCUGGUCUCGGGAAGACGGUAUGAGUCCUCACUGUCCGAGGCCAAGCCAAGACGGAGUACAAAUGUAUCCAAGACCGAGAGACACUGUGGUCUCGUACUACGACACUGUUAGUUAGUGCACAUAAAGAUGUAGGCCUAUUCAAUUAAUCUCUCUUGAACAAAUAAAUAAACGGGAAAUUCUGGUGUCCAAUUUUGACUGUAAAAUAUAGCAACUAUAGUCUAAUUGUCAACCAGAAAUUCAUGACAAUCACUGGAUUAGGUUGCACAUCAAAAUCGUUAAUCAUGCAUUCCUUAUAUUUAUUGUUUAACUCCAUAGUCUAUUAUACUUCUUAAUAAAGCACUAUGAAUUACUUUAAGAUUAUUCAUGAUUUGGGUCCAACCAAAUCAUGGGGCUGGUACCAACUGUAAAAGUUAGUGGCACCAGUGACUCCAGGGGAAAAUGUUAGUCUGGAGCCCUGUAAUAGUAAUGAGCACUUAUGGUAGGUAUUGAUUCAGCAUAAUGCAUUUGAUGGGCACUAAUUUGCAAUAUAACUUCUAAGUCCUUAGUUUGGGUUUUAUAAAGUAUAAGGCAGACACAAACAGAGAACAAGAAGCAUGGAGUAUUGGCAGAGAAGAUUAUACAACUAUUGCUGCUUCUACACAGGCAGCCCAAUUCAAAUUGGUCAAAAGGCCAAUUAGUGAGAAAAAAAGCAAUUACAGUAGCUCUGAAAAAGAGAUGUGAAAAGAUCUGUGAUUGGUCAAAAAUCACAACAGGGAGGCAAAAAAAAAAUCUAGAACAGAGACGCGGUUAUAGUGGUGAGUUGUAUCGCCAGUGAUGUUACCGCAUAUUGUAUUUGUUUUAAACAUGAGCUUGUUAAAAAAAAGGAGGACCAUGUCUCGCCAGUCAAUGCUUGGUACAGAAACGAUUGAGAUGCUGUACUGUACUUGCAAUGUUGUCAGCGCUACUGCUUGUUUCCAGGGGCGGAGCCAGAGGGGUGUACGAGGUGACACUGGAAACCCCUGACAUCUGAUUGGCCACCCCAAAAUGUAAUUCGCUGCUGGCAGUUUGAUGCUGAUUGACAUCUCGUUUCACCUCUUGUUGAAAGAAGCAUUUAUUUUGACAUUUGGAGGCACAUAAUUUAAAUUGAGGAAGAGAGAAAAUGAACGUUGGUUGCGAUAUACAGAAGAAGAGAGAACAUUUCCACAACUCCACGAGCUCUUUUCGAAAGCAUCAUAUUUAAAAUUGCCUUCAUUGGGAGUGGGCAGGAAGUCGACAGUCUUUCACAGAAGUGGGGGUUUGAGGCCUUGGCUGUUACACAGCUUGGACAGUAUGAGUUCUUCAUGCCAGGGAUGGUGGACACCCACAUCCACGCGUCUCAGUACAGCUAUGCAGGCACAGCCCUGGACCUGCCCCUGCUACAGUGGCUCAACACGUACACCUUCCCAGUGGAGGCCUGCUACAAAGACUUGGAGUUCGCCCGCAACGUCUACACCCAUGUCGUGAAAAGAACCCUGAGAAAUGGUACGACUACGGCCUGUUACUUUGCCACCAUACACACCGACGCUUCUCUCCUGCUGGGCCAAAUCGCAGAUGAUUUUGGACAGCGUGCCCUUGUGGGCAAGGUGUGUAUGGAUACAAACAACUUUGUCCCACAUUACAGAGAGACGCCAGAGGAGUCCCAUGACGAAACCAACAGGUUCAUUAGUGAGAUGUUGAAGAAGAAGUACCCCCUUGUGAGGCCAGUGGUGACCCCGCGCUUCGCCCUGUCUUGCUCUGCUGCCCUGCUGGGUCACCUGGGAGAGAUCGCCCAGAAUAACAACCUGCACAUCCAGAGUCACAUCAGUGAGACGAAGGAGGAGGUGAAGCUGGUGAAGGAACUGUUCCCAGACUACGACUCCUACACAGACGUCUACCACAAACACAACCUUCUCACUGACAAGACUGUGAUGGCUCACGGUUGUCACCUAACCGAUGAAGAGCUGAAGCUGUUCAGAGAGAAAGGGGCGUCCGUCGCUCACUGUCCCAAUUCCAACAUCUCGUUGUGCAGUGGUAUGCUAGAUGCCCGCAGGGUUCUGAACCACAAAGUAAAGCUGGGGCUGGGCACAGAUGUGGCAGGAGGCUACUCUCCCUCUAUGCUGGAUGCUGUGCGGAGAACGUUGGAUACCUCUAAAGCCUUGACCAUCCAGGACCCCCAGUACCAAACGCUCACCUUCGAGGAGGUCUUCAGACUGGCCACACUGGGAGGCAGCCAAGCCCUGUCCCUGGAUGAGCAUACAGGAAACUUUCAGGUGGGGAAAGACUUUGAUGCUCUGCGGGUAAACACGGCCAUAGAAGGAGGACCCAUUGAUCUCAUCAACCACGGAGAGGGGCCUAAGGUGCUCCUGGAGAAGUUCUUGAAUUUGGGGGAUGAUCGGAACAUUGCGGAGGUGUACGUGGCAGGGAAGAGAGUGGUCCCAUUCGUAGAAACACCAUAGAUUUGGGUUUGGUUGCUGGAUUGUUGUCAUCUUGUUACCAUCUGUCUGAACCCUCUACCAGUUUACCUGACUGCUGUUGUGACAGGAGGUGAUGAGGAAAAUGUAUUCAACGAGAGGGAUUAUUACUGUAUAUACAGUGUGUGUGUUUUCAAUCAUCUAGUGUAAUUACUUACAGUUAAAUUCAAUGGGUGAUAUUGCUGCUCAUCGUGAAGUUCAGAGUGAAUCUUAUGUCGUAACCCAAAGAACAUCAUUGUCUAUGUUGUUUUUGUUAUUUCAAAGUCGAAGGAAAUGUGUGUGUUUUAUGAAUGUGGGUUUAUUCAAUUCAAGUAACUUUUAUUUCCUGAGUGGGAACUUCAUGUUUGGUGACGGCUUGAUAUAAACAAGAUAUAUAACAACACAGCAACAUAGAACACGAAAACAUGUGCAGUAUAAUAGAUUAGAUGCAAUCAUAGGCUGUAUAUAAACAUAAAUAAAAAUGUCAAGGGUUGAGGAGUUUGAUGGAUGAUGGUACAAAACUAGAAGCUGCUCUCUUAGACUUUGUAUGCCAGAGAUCUACGGAAAUCUGCGCCAGGAGGGAAAGGGAGUUGUACUGGUCCAAGACUUCUCUAAGUGUGUAAGGUCCAAAGCUAUUUGUUCCCCCUAUUGUAUCUGUAGGUUUGCAUUUGUCAGGCUUUUACAGCAUCCUUGACUUCGUCUCGGGCCUAACAACACAAGUGCCAAUAUAUCCUCCAAACACCGGUUUCUCGGGCAUUAUCACUUAACGGUAUUUAUUAUUCAACUGCUGUUCCAUGCUACAGUGCUGAGUUUUGCAGAAAAAGCUACAAAGUAAAAGGGACAAAUAUUCUGUAUCUGCAUGAUUUUAUGUGAAAAUGUGUCUUUUGUUUGUAACAUUUUUCGAGAGUAUUCACGCCUGGAGGCAAAGGUUUUAACACAUUAUUGAUAGUGGUUCCAGGAUAAAACGUAAGGUUAUAUGAAAAUAUAGAGGCUGAACACUGCAAACAGCAUAGCUUUAAAAUUAUUUUGUUAAAGCAAACAUUCCUCCAAGCCAGAUAUUUUCCCUGUCUCACUCACACACUUAUAUCUCCUGCACUGUAGACCCAUCUGUGUGUGACAGAUGAAAAGCUAGAAGUGACCAUGUCCAUUUGACAGCCUACCAUAGCACAAUGUGGGAAAUCUGUCAUAGACAGGUCCACUAUAAAUACUACAGAGAUUCGAGUUUCUGGUCCACAGCAAACACAUCCCAAAACAAUGGAUGAUCCAAUUCCAUUAGAUUAUUUGUUAUAGUUGUCAGCAGUUUUUAAUUUGAGCCGGAUACUGCUGGAACAGGAGUGUUACCUUCUUCUUCAAGAGGUCACCAAUGAACCUAGAGCAACACAAAACAGUUUUGGACUGUUUCGUUCUGGAACCUAUUAGGCUGGAUCACAAUAAUUAAAAAACAAUAGUGUCAAAGUAGCAUGUCAUUACGAUCAUUUAUGCGGUAUUAAAACAGAUUCUGCCAAAGUCUCUAGUUGUGUAAAAUGACUGAGGUAAAGACAGUUUCAGGUUCGAUAUUCGACAGAUAUUCGCGCUUUCAAACCUCAAUAGCUUUCAAACCACUUGAGCCACAGAUUCCAAAUAAGUGUCACGAUGUUGGAAAAAUUGCACACAUUGCACAGGUCUUGUCAUGAUUUGGACAUUUUAAUUUGCUUUCCAAAGCUUAAAAACAUGUGGAAAUGUGAGCAGCAUUUUGUAUUCCUAGUUGAAUUAGUUAGGGAGUGUAAACAUUUUACAUUCGAAUGUCAAUAGCUCCUUGGUCAUGUGACCUACUUGACUCUAACAAGGUUCAGAUUGUCCACUGACUACCCUUCUAUAUUGCACACCUUUUGGUUUGUUCAUUUUCAUCUCACACGUUUUACAUUCAUUUUUCAGAAUUUAAAACUUCAAUAGCUCCUUGGUCAUGUGACCUACUGGACUGAAACGAACUUCAGAAUGUCCACGGACUAGCCUUGUAUAUUGCACACUCUUGUUUGUGUACUGUACAUUUUUCAUAGUUUUAAAUUUCAAUAGCUCCUUGGUCAUGUCAAUUACACACCUAAGAAGCGUGCAGUGGAUAUACACCCAUAUUGCAUAACCUCUAGUCAUGUAUCUUCUAUAUUGUUGUAAAUUAAUAUUAGUUCGACUAUUAGGGGGUUAAGUCCAGUGUUGUGUUUACCCUUUUCUUUAAUAUUUAUCUAUAAUAAUUGGUAGUACUUACUUAUAAGUACUUAUUUUCCCUGUUUUUUUAUUUUGCCACAGUAUUUAAGUGGUACACAAUAGGAGAGAGACAGAUAAUAUCUCCUUUCAUCGUUAAUAUCAACCAUAAAGUAAAAUGGCAAAGUACGAGAGUCAUUGUCCAAAGCAGGGAUGGAGAGUGAGCUAGUAAGGUAGGCUGCAGUGGGUUUGCUGGGCAAUACAUAUACUGAACAUGUAACCAGAGUGAUGGUGGCCAGAAAAUCAAUGAAUAAAAAUGUUAUAUUGACAAAUUAAA